AUGUUUGGAGUUCUUGUCACAGGUAGACUUGUCCAGACAGAGUUUCAGCAAAUCAGUGAAACACAGUUUGUUUUCAACAUACCAGAUGCUGAUAAUGUGAACCACAUUGUGGUGUUCUUAACUGGUCUCAUUGCAUUUCCACCUGGGACUGGAGGGGCAGUUUAUUUUUCAUGGCCGUCUCAAGAUGGGCCGGCCUGGGUUCUACUUGGACACAUUUUUAAUGAAAAACCCAGUGCUAUAUUCAAAGUAGCAAAUUUGAAAAAAGCUGACAAUGGUCACCAGCACCCAUUUGGUGUGAUUGAGAACCAUGUCAGCCACAUGAUGCAAGUAGGGAUAUCAAUUGAAAGUCUCGAAGUCAUGUCUCAGCAGACGUGUAUCCAGGGAUCUGAAGCAUCAAAAGCAUCUUCGUUUGAUGAAUUUUGUAGAAAAAUGUUGGAAAAUUUUUUCAAUUUUGCAUCUUCAUUUGCCGUCACUCAAUCUCAGAUGGUGCCUGCACCGUCUGAGACAUUCAUACCCGCAUCAGUCCUUCAACAGUGGUACACCAACUUCCAAAGAAGACUUCAACAAACUCCUAACUUUUGGAAAUAA